AUGAAGAAAGGAACAGCCUCAGAAGAAGAAUUAAAGAAGUUGUAUGAUCCUAAUACCUUCUACGAGCAUGGUGAUAACCCUGCUUUCAAGCAAUUUAUGAAUAUCGCUGUUGAAAAUCUUAGAGAAGGUAAAUUGACUGAUCACAGAACUUACGUAGUUGAUACUUAUAAGAAAUGGAUGUAUGCCAGAAAUUGGGAUGAUUUCUUAUAAAGAGAUUGCAAGGCUAUCACUUUCCCUAGAGCUUUUGCCCUCUGGAUUGUUGGUACUCUUGGAAUGGCUACUGCUUCAAAAUGGUGCAGACAAAUCCUUCCUGUUGGAAGCCACGGUAUUACAAAGAUUUCAUAGACCUAAUUUUUCCAUUAAUUCGGUCCUCUUGGUACUCUUGGUGCUGUCGGUUUCUAUGGUUUAACUGCUUACCUCUACUAUAAAACUACUAUUUUCACUGUUAAGAAGUUCUAUUCUCACUGCAUCUUACAAGAAAGAGAAUGGAUCUUUGAACAAGAAAGACAAAAUCCUGGUUACGGUGAAUACUUCUUCAAGGAUGUUCCCUUGUCUGCUGAAGAACACUUUAAUGAUUUAGCUAGAGGUGAAAUGGCUAAAAAGAAAUUCGAAAAGCCUAACCACGAAUUCUGA